AUGGCAGACGAGCCCGAAAAUACAGUUCUCCUUAACUCUUCCGAGGCGGAAUCAGAGGCGGAUGAGUCGGGCGAGUCUGGCUUUGAGCAUAACAAUGGCUUCUUCGACAUCGAAGCCUCCGAGUCCGACGCCGACGCCGACGCCGAGUCCGACGGUGAGCCUGGUAGCGAGUCGGUGUCCGGAUCAGACCAGGAUGACGUACAUUAUUUUCCCCAGUUCCGACGGCUUCCAAUUGAGCUCCGCCACCGCAUCUGGGAGUUCUUCUGCCCCGACCUGACGGCAAAGUCACGCGUCUUCAACUUCAUGAUCGUAGCCACCAUGAGAGACGGCAUCGGCGCCGACGAAAGCGCCACCCUGGAGCAGCAGACUGCCCCGGCGAGGGCUGUUCUGGCCACCAACCGCGAGAGUCGUGCUAUGGCGUUGAGGAUCUUUCCGGACACACUAACUUUUCGCGGCGGCCACGGUAUGAUUCCCUUCAACAAGGACAGGGAUGUCGUCUUUGUCGAUAUCUCGUGUCGCAACCACGGCCGAAUCGGGGCCAUCCCCGGCUUCACAGACAAAAUCAGCCACCUGGCCAUGUACCCCGUCUUAUUUGAGCCCGACUUUCAAAAGCUCGACACCCUCCGCUUCUUUCUAGCCUUCCCAGACCUGCGAACCGUCUACUCCUAUGCCAGCGAUUCAGAUCACAAGGAGCGGCUCGAAAAGUGGUGCGUAUCGGAUUUGAUAUACCGCUACUACACCCGGACCUUGGAAAUAGCGCCGGGACUCGGCGAGAAUCUGCAGUUCAUGUACUGCUGGCCCAAUCUGGACCAGCAUAGGGACUUCGCUACGCGUGCGAUUCCCACUGGCAAGUUGAAUAUCAUGAAGGACGAGCUGAAGGAGGCCGCUACACGCCUCAAAGGAGUAGAGAUCCCUGGCGUAGACGCCGCUCCGCUGACGGACGAGGAAGUUGCUCAGCUAGGCAGGAUCGAGAUGUGGCCUAUGAUCUGCUUCGAAUUUGACGAGGGUCUUGAAGCGUUUGACAGGCUGCUGGAACUGAACAUCCCCGACGACUGGGAGUUGAGUUCGGGUUCAUCAUCGGAGUCAGAAUCCAACACGAACUCAGACCAGUACGAGAGCGAAGGGAUUGAUGAUGCUGAAAUCGACGAAAACGAGGACACUUCAAGUGGCGGAGAAGACGACCUAGAAGAUGACCUGGAAGUGCUGCCGCUGCUGUCAGAUGACGAAUCGAUGACUCUGGAUGAGUCAGAUCCUCUCCAACAUCAGCUUGGCGAUGGUGACGCGGCAGCCCAGUUUUCCAGCCCUGAUCCGGGGUCUGCAUCUGCGGGCGAAUCAGAUGCGUCGCGGUCGGAGGCCCCCCAGGCGUCCAGACGAGCCGGUUACCCUAUACGCCAAAUCGUCUCGUCUAGUUCCGAAGGCGAGUCCGGUGGCGAUUCCCAGGGGGGAAAGGUCAAGAAACGAGGUGGAAAUCGUCGCGCUCGUGUCGUUUUAUCUGACUCGGAAGAGGAAGAGGAUUCCGGUCCCAGUACAGCCCAGGUGGCAGACCCUGCCACAUCCGAGUCCGAAGAGGACGGUGUUAGCAAGGAGGAGCCCGAUGAGGACCAGGGCACGGGAAGGCCGAUGUCUCUUGCCGAGCGACUCCAGCUGCACCGCAAGGAGAAUCCAGUACCAUCUUCGGGGUCAGGCGACGACUCUGAUGCCGAGACAAGUGGUGGUGACUAUGACGGCCGCAAUUAUGCCGAGUUCGAUGGCUUCGAGGAGGACGGGGAGCUUGGCGGUGAAGCAGAAGAUCAACCUGCCAACGGCAUGUUCAUGGACAUGGCCGAAGAGUCCGAUGAGGAAAGCGGGUAG